AACUGAAUGGUACUGAAAGAGUUCCUUUUCGUACAUUUCUUUCGAGACGAGAAACAAUCGAACACGCUGCUGGCAUCAAAUUCGGACGGCACUACAGGACAAGACGAGACGAGACUGUCACACAGAGCCAACACAACACAACACAACGCAUAGCAGAGCCAACACAACACAACACAAACCCAUCCGCUGCAACAAGAACAUCACGGAACGAAAGAGAAGAGAACAGAAGACAGGAGAGAACAGAGACCCUCCCGUUCGCCCGAUCCCCCGCAAGAAAUGGCCGAGGCAGAACCCACCACCGCCGAACAAAUCGCCGAGUACGAAUCCCAGCUGGCCGGGAUCGUCGAGCUGCUGGAGGCCUCCCCGGGGGACGAGUCCCUCCUGGCCCUCAAGCGGGACCUGGAGGAGCUCCUGGAGCUGUCCCGGGCCGGAUCAACCGGGGCCGGCGGCGGUGCCCCCCCGGACCCGGAGCUUCCCCUCCCCCCCCCACCGCUCCCGCCGCCGCCCCCUCCCGCACCGGGCCCUUCGACAGCCUCCGCCGCCGGGGAGGCGGCCCCAACCGUCGCCGCCGCGGCCGAGCCGGCGAGCGCCGCCGGGAAGGAACGGCCCCACAAGGCCAAGAAGAGCGGCAGCAAGAAACCCAAAAAGGUCCGGGACUUUGUUCUGCCGGACCACCUGGUGCCGAACGACACCGACACGGAGGCCGAGCGCAACAAGAAGCGACGGGCCGCCAAGUCCCUCAAGAACAAGUGGAGGCUGCAGAAGAAAGAAAUCGAGUCGAACAACCGGCAAAAGUCCUGGCAGUCCUUCCAGAAAAAGGGGCACGUUUCAACGGGGAGUAUUUUCGCCACCAAGGAGGGGAUCAACGAUCGGGUGGGCGUGGUUUCGAAAAAGAAGCUGACCGAUUUUGGGGCGAGAAAACGGCACAAGUAGUGCCGGAACCUCUGGAAAGACAGCCAACGCACGGAGGAGAAGAAACCGAAGAAUCGCGAUUCCUCCUCACGAGGUGGUUUAGAAUUGCCGUAUGAAUAAUAAUAUAAAAGUAGUAUA